CAACUCAUCGUCAUCAUGUCUGGCCGUGGCAAGGGAGGAAAGGUGAAGGGAGAGGCAAAGUCCCGAUCCAGCCGAGCAGGACUCCAGUUCCCAGUGGGUCGUAUCCAUCGUCUUCUGAGGAAGGGCAACUACGCCGAGCGAGUGGGUGCGGGUGCCCCCGUCUACUUGGCUGCCGUCAUGGAGUACUUGGCCGCUGAAGUCCUCGAGUUGGCUGGAAACGCUGCCCGAGACAACAAAAAGACCAGGAUCAUCCCCCGUCACCUCCAACUCGCCAUCCGAAACGACGAGGAGUUGAACAAGCUGCUCUCCGGGGUCACCAUCGCUCAAGGAGGUGUCCUUCCCAACAUCCAAGCCGUCCUUCUCCCCAAGAAGAAGGAAAAGAAGUCCGCCUAAUCACAAAUCUACACGCUCAAAACCCAACGGCCCUUUUAAGGGCCACCACAUUAUCCAAAGAGCUCAAAAAAUGCAUUAUUAUGACCAUGCGCUUUCUUCGUUCAUCAUGCUCAACUUGGCUUCAUCAAAGUUUCAUUUUUUAGAAAUUAUUGGCAACAAAAUAGCGCAAUUAGUACUAAUGAUGUACAAAAAGAUGAAAAGGUCAUUAUUUUUCCUUGUUCAUUUCCAGAGCAUUUACUGUUACAAAUGAAAUCAGUAAUUUCAUCCUCCUCCUUUAUACGAUAGUAAAAUUUACUAUCGUAUAAGUUAUUUUUUUAUUUAAAAAUAAUAAUACGUUCCUUCAUAGUACUCGUUCAUGUUUUAUACAGGAUUUUUAGCAUUCUACCAAUUCAUUCAAAUUCAUGGGUGUCGUCUGUGCAGGCUCUCGUCAAAAUUUCAUAUACAUGUUUGUGUUCAUUGGGUAGCAGACAAAAAUUGAUAAAAUUAUAAUGUUAAAUUGGUUAACGGAACGGAUGAAGAAUUAUAUAUUUUCAGCUUAUUUAGACAAUAAUCGAGUCAAAAUGCAAUCUCACUCUGCCUCAAUUUUAGCAGUUGAAUAAUAAAGUGAUUGCAUAAUCAUAACAAGGUUAUAACAAACCUUGACUUGUUUCAUGGAAAUAUAAUUAAUGACAAGGCACGUGGGAUUCGAGAUAUUUCUUAGAAUUACAAACAAAUGCAGUUCAUACAAACUCUUUGUAUGAACUUGAAUUUAAAUAAAUUCAAAUUUAAAUAUUAUACAAUGUUUGGGGGGUAUUUAAGCGAAUGAUCCGUAGACCUAUAUGCCCAUGCUACGCAAAAUUGAUUCAUUACAUACCCCUGAAUUGUAUCUAUAAGUUUUUGUAAACGAAAAAAAAAAUAUCGAAAAUGAAAGCAAUUUUUUGGUUGACCAUUUUGGUCCUGGUAAUCCUUACAAUUCUUGACGUUAAUACGGUAAGUAAGACAGAAAUCAACCAUAUAUUUUGGAAUUUGCCAAUUUGUACAUAUGUACAUAAAAAUCAAUUUGGAAUGCUAAAGGUUGACGCAGCUUGUAACGGUCUUCGUCGGCUGAGCUGUCAUGUCCAGUGCAACAGAACGACAAAUUUGUCACCAGCAGCAAAAGCGACUCUCUGUACUUAUUGUUUUUUUAGAUUGUCGACACGUUAUUGGUUAGUGUAUUAGUUUAGUUAUUAUUGCAAUAUCGUCCAAAAAUUGAUUUGGACGAUUAAAGGUGUGGUAUCUUCCUAAUUUUUUUUCAAACGAACGUUGACAUCUUUCGUAAAUUGUCAAAUAAGGAUAGAUUCAUUUCUUUACAAUUUUGAGCAUACAGGUAUUUCUGAAUUUAUGACUUCAAUUACAUAAAUCAGACUUAUUCAAAUCUCGCAUGUCUCUCACUUUCUCCAAAUCUAGUCACACAAUCUUUCAAGAUUUUAAAAUUGAGACUUUUUAACAAUCUAGAUUCUACACCUAUUACAAUUCACUCGGUCCACACAUUCUCAGCAUGCCUCCUCCCAAGCAUAUUUCCGGUUUCAGUCUCGCUCACAGACUUUACGAACAGUACGAAUCUGGCGAACAUGUGGAUGCUGCAUUUUCAGUAGGUGACCGGAAGCUGUUCCUUCACAAAUGCAUGCUCUGUGCGGCCUCUGAAGAAUUCAGAAACAUAUUUCGGCACCAAGAAAAUCUCGGAAGUCUUGACCCCAAUACGAUCUCUCUUCCAGAGGAAACGUCUCUCGAAGCAGUGAAGGAAUUUAUCGUGGUCAUUUACUUUUGUGAAAUUGACACCACCCUCGAAAUUAACCUGCUCUUGGAGGUGCUGUCGCUCUGUGACAAAUUCUUACGGGACGAAUUUUUGGACCAGUGUUUGAUCCACGUGGUGGAAAAUAUUACGAAGGAUAAUUGUGCCGAAAUUUGCGAGACGCAUUUCGUAAUGCCAAGAUGUCAAGUACUAUUUGAUGUAGCGUGGGAAUAUUUAAAGUGGAGUAUUAUUCGUGAGCAGAUUGGUGGCACAUGCGACUCUAAAGGAAUAUAGCUGAGCUCAGAGAUUAUGCUAACGCUACUUGGAAUGCUUAAAAUAGGUCUUUCAUUUAAUGUAAUCACUUGUAAUUUUAGCAGCCUGGUUAAAAUAUUGGCUAUAAAAGUCUAUUCACUUCAUAUUUGUAAUGUAGUAAUCAAUUUAUGAAUUACAUAAAUGUAUUAAUUUUUACAUAGUAGUAAAAUAUUAUGAUUGUAGCAAAGCAAUAUAAAAAUCAUGCUCUUCGUAAUGCUAGAUAUGUAUGUAACUUGCCUUAAUUUAGCCCUCAGAUUUUCAUAUUUCGAAGAAACAAUAGGUUCAGUUAAGUUUAUGAAUAGCUAAAUAUAAGAGAAAGACGUACAACAUUUACAUAAAUAAAUACAUUCGGCUGGCCUUGA